AACCACUUUAGGUUCAGUCGUGGUUUAUCCGUUAUAUAAGUAACACAUUAGAAAAUGGUAAUCGAAGAUCUCGACGGCCUCUUACGUCCUCACAUCAAGGGAAAAAUAAUCGAUAAAAAAAUCACAAGACUGACAGCACCCGGUGAGAACUAUGGCAGUUUAAUGUUAAAAGUGGAUCUUAUAGUGCAAAAAGAUGGUGAACAAGAAGAGGUUUUUCAUGCUGUAGCUAAAUGUGUACAACCCAAUAAACAUAUGCAAGAAGUCUUCAAUACUCCUACGACUUUUAAAAAUGAAAUUGGAUGGUACGAAGAGGCGAUUCCCACUUUAAUUCAGUUUCAACAAGACAAAGGGGUGGAACAUGUUGCUGAUUAUUUUAUGAAUUUGUUUGGGGCACGAGUGAGUGUUGACCCUAACAGCGAAAAUGUGGACGAUACUGCUGUCAUACUUGUGGAAAACUUAAUUGAAAGAGGUUUUAAGAAUGCCUCUCGCUUAAAAGGAUUUAGCCUAAUCCAAAGUCAAGAAAUCCUUAAAAAACUAGCAAACUUCCACGCUACCACGAUAGCCUUAAAAUCAGAAAAUCCUGAGCUACAUAAUAAGAAAAUCAAACAGUUUUGCAUGCAAAAAGACAAAUUCGAGCCUCCAUCUACGAGUCUAUUUGAUGCAGCACUACGGUUCCUGGAAGAACAACCUGACACUGCUCCUCACGUCGAUUUAAUAAAGAAGAACUUAUAUACUCCCAAGGAGGAAUUUUGCCGUCAAAAUGACCCUCUAUGGACAACUGCAGUACAUUCCGACUUCUGGGUGAACAACAUAAUGAUAUCAGAAGACAAUCCCCCCAAAGUGAUCAUUUUGGACCUUCAAGUUUGCUCGUAUGAGUCAGCGUUGGCAGAUUUAGUCUUUUUCCUUGGAACCUCAUUGGAACAUGAGGUCAGUGAGAACCACUUCGAUGACCUAAUUCAAGUUUAUUAUCAAGAGUUUAUUAAAACUUUGAGGGAAUUAAAGUUUGACCAGAGCAAACUAACUCAGUAUACACAAGAGAAUUUUAAAAAAGAACUUGAGAAAGAAGGAAGAAAAGAGUUCAGCCACGUAAUGUUUUUCAUACCUGUUAUAACGGCUGUUAAAGAGACAAUAACCGAUCCUACUCACGAAGAAUAUAAUCUAGAGGAUGGACUGAAAAACAUGUUUAAUGUUGUUUGGGAGCAUCAGAAGGAGAAAUAUAAUGUAAUGAUUAAAAAUUGGGUAAAACAUGGAUGGCUGUAAAAGUAACUUGUACAUUUUAAAUUAUUAUUAAAUAAAGGCGAUUUUCACUUUGAA